AAUCGGCAAACAGCGCGCAGUCGAGCGUCAUGACGAAGCCUGGGCCGUUUCACAGGCCGCUGACCGCGUCGGAUUCACGCGUUGCACUCGCGCCGGUGGCAAAAGAAGGCUCGGGUGCAAUUCCGGGAAUCCCAUUCAAGCAAGAUGGUCAAGCGUGUGUGGCAUGCUACACCCAGGACAGAAAUGCUGAGCUCGCCAAUUUUCUAGACAAGGACAAGUUUUUCAAGGUGAAUUCCGGCGAUCAAGACCCGGCGAACCCACUGGUCCACAGCCAGUUCGGGGAGCUAACCAGGCGGCCCAGUAUCGACACUUCCCUGCAGGCGAUUUUCGAGCGUCGCGUUGUUCCGUUUCAACGUGUGCAUCUUGCGGGCGCAAAGUGUGAGGAUUGGCUACGGGAGUCCGAAGAAACCCGCCGUCAACUGUUUCACGUAGGAUGGAUCUUCAACGUUGUUGAUGAUUGGAAUUGGGCUGCCCUGCAAUCCCUCGCGGUGUCCUUCUUUGCGCAGGCAGCGCCAGCUAUCAUGUGCAGACAGGAGACACUGUGUCUCCCGUGGCGCUGUUCGUCGCUUCGGCCGUAUUUGAGUCCCACUCGCGGCUCCAACACCUACGAGCUGGACAGCUGGUUGUACCUAUUUUGGGACGACGGCUUGCCUGUCGUCACCAUAUUGCUGUACCCCGCAUUUUCUUGUGCUGGAGGUUCGAGUCACUGCAAUAGCUUUUUGUUCACCGACGCCGCUGUGCCACGUCUGAACGUACUCAACCCAGCAGAAGGAAUGAACUCGAGCGCUCUUACGUGGCCAGGAAAGAAGAUGGAAAUGGCAAUAACGAAUCCUGAUGGAAGUUGUUUUCAGCCUCGCUACACAGCUGCGCCAGCCACGGAUGAUGAUGCCACAAAAGUCGUGCGGGGAUUUUGGGUGAGUCAGAAACUGCACACUCCAUCUCUCGCGCAGAUCGACACGCGUCCCUUUAUUGCCCUCGAGAUUGUCGACUUCGCAAAAUACGUGGAUGAAGGCCGAGUUCACGUGGAGCGAUCACGUAGUAUGGAGGAAUGGAACACAUAUCGUGCCGCGGAGAAUUUGCCUCAAAUGAGCUAUGAGGAUGCCGCGAGGGAAGUCGGGAUUGCCCUCGUCGGAAACCUGCGGGGUGACGGGUUGCGCGGACAUUUUUUGGAUCGACCCAACUCCGCGGCGGAGAUCGAGUUUUUCGGCAUGCGCCAUACCACGGGAUUGCUGGUGGGAAAGCCUCCAAGCACGUUUCCAAGCGAUAUCCACCGAAGGUGGAACUUGCGACGCAUGCACUGGUUAGAGCAACUUGGGCGGCGGAAGAAGCGCGCACUCUUUGGCGCUGUUUUUUCGGGCUCCGAUUCAUCGUCUUAUGAUGAAAAUACAGCUGCGCAUGCCGCUGCGCCGGAUACUUGGAUGGCCUUGGGCGACUUCACGCCGCACGAUCAGCAAAUCAUCGAUGCCAUCGACUCGUACCUGUCCGAGAACGACCUCCUUGGUGUCUCAGAAAAGGGUCGCAGGUGCAUAACUGGACGCGUGCCCUUUGCUCCAGCGGCGCCUGAGGAUGCAAUUGACCGAUAUUUGGUAGAGGAAUUUUGGUCCGACACGCAGGAUGGGACAAAUUGUAGUGACUUGUCAGCCGAGCAGAUAGCACAAGCGGCGUUGAUAGGACUGGACGACCCGAAAGCCCUUCUCGCGGUGUUGGAGAAUGACAAAAGUGGUUGUCUCCUCGGGCCGGACUCGGAAAAGCUCCAGGCAGACGUGGCGGCACUGCUCCGAGAAGGGGAGCCCGCCUCACUUCGAGUUGAUGAUGAAAACCUGGAGCUCGAUCUUGACUACGGCCAAGAGCAGCCGCAAGCACGCAAGGAAAAAGUGAAGACCCGAGGUCGAGCCGGCGCGUUCAAAGUGAACUCUGCUCGGGAACGGGCAGAACACUUUCGCAAAACGUGGGAAGCAGAGCAUGAACUGUCCGCCGAUGAAGCGUUCCGGCGGUCUUGCCGCGGCGCAGGGCUUGAUAUUGACGACCUGGACGAGCCCCCGAAGAGUUCAGUUUCGUCGACGCGCAGCAUGCCCGCUGCGAAUGCGAAGAGGCGCGGAAAGAAAAGUGGUGGUUCCGCCAGCAUUAGAGAUGAAUGCUUGCCGCGCAAAGGGAAGGCUGUGUGGGACAUAGUCGCGCAGAAGCGCGUGACGACCCGUCAGACGAAGCGCGGACUCCAUCUGCUUAGUAAAAGUGGCCUUCUUACGGUGGAGAAUGUAGAAAGUGAAUCAGGCAUGGCAGCCAAAACGCAGUUGAAGUUGAAUGUUCGUGGCUCCCACCACGUUUUGCACGGACCGGGAGGAACUGCAACAAUUGUGAGAGACCACAAGGGCAGCACGGGGCUUUCCGGGAAACAGUUCGGAAAGACGGUGGAAAGGGUCAUUGCAAUCACGCGUGCGGGCGGGUGAACCUGAAGCAAUAAAAAAAACGCGUUUGUUGGCGUACGCUUGUAGCCUUAGCUUUGAAACUCAAGCUCAAGCGAAAUAUUCCUACACAUCACAUAGUUGCUCCCCUCUACCAGGUGCGGUCGAUACGCGAAAGCAUUUCAUUUGCAAAUGGAUUUUCGUUGCAGAUUUGACAGCUGAAGCUGAUGAAUCGAGCACCUACAAGGCCGCAACUUAUGUCGCGCAGUGGGAGGGCGAACGAG